AUGAGACCGCAAUCGAAAACCCUAUACCACCUGCGCCCGAAGCUUGACGAGAUCCUGAACGAUACAGCCCCCGUCCCGUAUACACUCGGCACCUUCAUUGCCUUCCUCGCUCAAAACCACUGUCUCGAGGUUCUCGAGUUCAUCCUUGAGGCCAAACGCUACCGGAAGACAUACGACUGGCUUGAACAUCACGGCAAGAAAUGCGGCGAAGAUGAAGUGCACGAGGAGCGCCUCCGACGAGUAUGGGAUCGCAUCAUAGAAACAUACAUCGAAUCCGGUGCACCGCGCGAGAUCAACGUGCCAAAUGAAACCCGAGAGGAGCUGUUGGUGUACACCAAAACCCACGGCUCCACUCCCCCGCCGAGUCUCCUCGAUAGUGCUGUUCAACACAUGCAUGAAUUACUACGAGACUCGAUCCUCAUCCCCUUUCUCCGGAGCUGCUCGGGCACCUCCCAUGUGCAGCCGCUAUCAGUGCCCUGCCUCAGUGGCACCGAGCGACUGUCCCCGAGUCCCAGGGCCUCGGAUGAUACUGCACGCCGGAGGUCGAAGUUCAAUGUCCUCAUCCCAUCUUCCCCUGCCGAUAUGUGUUCCUCCGAUGGAUCACAACCGCCGACGAGAUGCGUAUCACGAGCCACCAGCUCCCAAGAACCACUUCGCUCGUCAUCUUCUGACAUCGGGCGUGAGAUCACCGGUGGUCAAGAUUGGGACGUUUUGCCAAAUGGUGAAGGCACGGGGAUGUGGCACGCCAAUACCACCCCGGAGAAAAAGGCACGGCUCCCAGAAUCGCCUAAGAAAAGAUGGCGCCGCUUACAGGGAUUUGCAAAGCAUUUUCGGCGUUCUUCUGAUUGA